AAGAAAUGCUCGCUUUGUUGAACGAUUGCAUGUUCUCUUUCAAAAUAUUGACCAUUUCCAUUAUAUAGCAGAUAUUUUACGAAACAUCAUCAACUAGUAACUGGAACACUUGAACAUAAUGAACAAAUUACUCAUUGUGGUUUGUUUGGUGCUUUUCACGACAGUGUGGCCGGCAGAAACGAGGCCUCAAGGAUGCACUAGCUGUGGAGCAUCCCACGAGGAUGUGAGGGAGAAGUGUUGUAACGAUUGCGACCUGUGUCGUGCCAGUUUUGAAAUGGAAGAACCACCAAAACCGUUUUGUCCAUGCCUUCGACAUACUUCUUACAAUGUCGAACGUAUAAUAAACUCAUGUCCAGAUGAAGUGGAUAACAAGUAUGACGCAGACAUUGAAGUACCACUUGAUCCUGAUUGCAUCCGAUUUCCUAAAACAUACUACAAGGUAAACAGGCCCCCUCCGUUGCCAUGUUCUGAUCCCUUACAAGAUCACGAUUUCAAAGUGCAAGUUCCAACGAUCGCUCCCAAAUGUAGAAGGCUGAAGUUAUCUGCUAGUGUGCAUUACAACCCAAGAGACUGCCAGUGUGAUUGCAAUCGGUACGAAAAAUAUAGAAACUCAUCUCUGUCACGCUCGGAUAUACCCGAUAAGUAUAGUUGUAAACUAACCAAACGCGUCAAGCGUUCUAAAAUGGAACAUGAAAUCGAUGAAAAUUUCCAGGAAGAACUUUAUUCUUCUAGUAAUCUAACUGUCACCCCUUUGCUAAAAACUCACCACAAACGAUCCUUAGAAACUUCAGUGGCCAAAGAAGGAUAUGUUUGUCGGUGUGUUCCUGAAAGCAACAGCUCUAGCUUAUUCGACAAUACUAGUGAACCUAAACAGGAAUCGAUAGUAUCUGUUAGCUCUCUUUCAGACAUGUUUGAUGAAGAAUCCGUCUAUUUAGGCGGCGGUGAACCUCCUUCUUAUCAACAAAUACGAGCACAUCUCGAUGGAACACCUAUUACGAGAGCUAUUGCAACGGAACGUUUUAUGAUCGAAUUAGAGAAAAUAUAUUAUGAAAUUUACAAAGCUAGCACGAAACGGAACUAUUCUAUUUCACUGAAAUACGGUACUAAAGAGACUCAGGUUGACGACCAGGGACUGCGUACUUAUGAUAUUAACCCAGUCCAGGGUCAGUACCGGCCUUCGGUGUAUGAGAGUAUCUCUAGUAUAGUAAAUCAAAUAUUUGGUCGAGUCGUAGACUCAGAACAAGCUGCAGCUCACAUGCUACAGACAAUGUGGGCUAUUAAACCAGCAAGAUUGUUGGAACAUGCGGUGAACUACUUUUCAGGGAAUGAUUCGUAGUACGCAUAUUUUUAUCCGAUUAACCCUACUCAGUAUACCUAAAACCCUAAUCAGUAUAAAUCAAACUUAUAUGUUAUUGUAAGUUACGGUACAACCUACUAAUCCUAAUUAUAACUAUCACUAACAGGUCGAAUUGGUAACAGACAGCUUAAUUACUCCAGUAACAGCAUUGUAAUGAGAUAAACUCUAUA